UGCGCGACAGUCUCACCGUCCUCUGCUCUCCGCAGCGACUCUCUGAUUUCUAAGCAGCCAGUAGGCACUGCGAGGGGAAGACUCAGCGUCCCGAACUUUAACGCUCACCUCGACAUGCCACCCAACAUGGAUUACUUUUACCACGAGUCCCGAGUCCCUUCAGCCUGCGGGUUCACCCGGGAGGAUGAGCUGGACCCCGAUGUGAUCAGCUGCAUGCUGGUUGGAGACGGAGCUGUGGGGAAGACCAGCAUGAUCAUCAGCUACAUCUCCAAUGGAUACCCGGCCGAGUACCAGCAGACAGGCUUUGAUGUUUUCUCAGGUCAGGUCCAAGUGGAAGGAUCUCCUGUAAGGAUUCAACUUCUGGACACAGCUGGACAGGAAGAGUUUGAUGAACUCAGAGCUUUGUCCUACGCCCACGCUGACGUCUUUCUCCUGUGCUUCAGUAUGGUCAAUCCCGACUCCUUCCACAACAUCACCAAGAAGUGGAUACCGGAGAUCCGGGCCCACAACGCCACCUCGCCUAUCAUCCUUGUUGGUACACAGCUGGACCGCCUCUUGGAUGUGAACGUCCUCAUCAACCUGGAUAAAUGCAAGGUCAAGCCCGUACUGAGUUCUAGGGCCCGGAGCAUGGCGGACAAGAUCAGGGCCACAGACUACAUAGAGUGCUCGUCACUGACGCAGAAGAACUUGAAGGAGGCGUUUGAUACGGCCAUUUUCGCUGCCAUAAAGAACAAAACCCGCAAGGGGAAGAAAAGGAGGUUUUCAGAGAGACGCACCAAGGCUUUCUCAAGGUGCAGCUGGAAGAAGUUCUUCUGCUUCGUUUGAACUGUUUCUCAUUUAUUUUUAAAUAUUUCUUUUAUUUAUUUAGAUGGCAUAUAUCACCUUUCUAUUCACCUUUGAGAUCUAUGCCAUCACUUCUUAUCAGAAAAUGUGAUUUAUCAGUGCCAAAUACGGGGAGAUGAACAGCUCUAGAAGCUAAAACCAAGAGGACAUAGGGACAUCCCUGGCCUGUGAUUGAUUUCACGCUAUUCCAGACUGUUGCAUAUUUACAUUUAUAAAAGUUUGCACAUGCUGCUUUUGUGUAUCCACCAACUUGUGUGGCACGUGAGAGAAAAGUACAUUUAGUUGAGGCUUUGUGGGACGGAGCUGCAGAGAGAACCACCAGGCCAGUAUGUAAAAAAAGCAAAACAGGGGAUUUGCAUGAUGUGCUUUACCACUGGCUGCAAAACGAAAGUGUUUGGACUGUGUGUCCUGGCAGAUGGGCGUUGUUUUCUCACUUUUCUUACAGCAGCGACUAACUUAUAUGCAGCUGCUGCAAUUAGGUUCUGCAUUGUUACCUGCUUGUAAAAGGUUCCCAGGCUGGUUUGGCCGGGCUGUUUUGUUUUCCUUCUGAAAGCUGACGGGCAUUUUGAUUUAGCUCCAAUUUUUUAUGUUGCAAAACAGGAGCUUUGUUUUUUAUAUUGGAAAAAGAAACUUAAUACUCCUGCCCUAAUCUUUUAGCCAAGAUGAGAUGUUUUAAGUUUCAGGAGAGCAGAAACCUUUGGCGUUCUGUCUCAGUAAUCUGCAUCUGUAAAAGCAAAGCACUGCAGGGGUCUCUUGAGUCCUGCAGGAAUCCUCCCUCUUUGUUUAUUUGUUAAGUACGCUCCUGACCUGUGAAGCCCAGUGAGUACAGGCAGAAAAGAAGCUCAAAAGCCUCAAUCCAAAUGUGACUUUUAGAGAAUAUGCCUUUUAAAACAGCCUUUUGGAAAGUUUUGCACUCCAGUGUUAUAAUAUGUGGUACAUAUGAGAUUGUAUAUAUAAUUAUGGGCUUUACUUCUUGUAGAAGUGUGCUUGAAGUUUCUGUUUAUUUUAAACAGAUAUGAGGCCACAUUUAUUGACAUCCCUUGGUAAAAGUGUGUAACACCUUUAAAUGAAUUAUCCUUGUCCUGCAUGUUGCAUAAAAUCGAACACACAAUAGUUUUUUGCUCAGUUCCCUUAUUGCGGGUCCAGUUAUUGUUUGUCACAGUUCCAGCAGUUUGACAGUUUUUAAUUAACAUCCUAACUGUUGAUAUAGGCAGGUGUAAACUUGUAUUUUAUUUUUUUUCUGCAGCCAUUUCCUGAUUUAGGAAGGUCAAUAUACUUUCUCUGAAUGGUAUCUUCUUCUCUCUUUGCCAUUUUGAAGGACGGUUAAGAGAAAUCUCUAGCUGACAUUGAAUUUGAAAUCCCAAAUUUUUUAAUUAGUCAUUUCAUUCUUUGAGCAGUAAAUAUGUAAAAAAA